AUGUCAGCUGUCUACCUUCUUCUCCUGCUGAUCCCUGUGAUCUCGGCUCAGACUUUUCACUGGGGUCCCUGUCCUACUCCCAAGGUGCAGUCCAACUUCACCCUUCAACCGUACCUUGGAAAGUGGUAUGAGAUAGAGCGUCUGCCUGCUUAUUUUGCAACAGGAAAGUGCAUAAGGGCAAACUAUACCAUGAGGGAAGACGGGACUGUCCGAGUACUGAACUCUCAGGUGGGUGAUGAUAGGUGGUCUAUAGAAGGUACAGCCAAAGUUAUAGACCCACAAGAACCAGCCAAACUCAAAGUCAACUUCUCACCUCUUCUUCCGUACGCUCCAUACUGGGUUUUGUCAACUGACUACACCAGCUAUACCGUUGUGUAUUCCUGCACGAGUGUCUUUGGCAGGAUGCAUUUCUACUUCGCCUGGAUCUUCUCCCGGUCAUCCUCCCUGCCUCCAGAGACGGUACGCAACGCCAAACAGGUGCUGAUUGAAGAAGGAAUCGACAUUUCCAAGAUGACUCCCACAGAUCAGAAGUGCAAGGAUAAUUAA